AUGCCGGCAGACGUAUCGGCGCUGGUGGCGCAGAUGAACGAGACGCUGGCCGAGAUCCACGCGACGGUGGCGGCGCUCAACGACUCGGGUCACGACGCCAAGCUCGACGCGCUCGAGCAGGAGCGCGACGCGGCCGUCGAGGCUCUGCAGGCGGCGUUUGAACGCGAGGCCGAGGAGCUCGAGGCGCGGCGGCGGGCCGAGGACGAGGAGAUCGCCGAGAAGAGGCGGCGCGAGGAUGAGGAGAUUGCGGCCAGGAGGCGGCGCGAGGACGAGGAGCGCGCCGAGGCCAAGAUGCGCGCCGACGAGGACAUGAGGGCCAAGCUCGAGGCCGACGCCAGGGAGGUCGAGGAGCAGGCCGACGGCAAGAUGGACGAGGUCGAGGCUGAGGCGCAGCGCAUGAUUGAGGAUGGGGAAAGGAGGCUGGCUGAGUUGGAGGAGAAGCGAAAGGAGAUCAACCGCAUGAUUGAUGAGCAGAUGAAGGCUCCAUUGCCAACGGCACCGGCCAGACCUAGACGCGCCCGAGGCGACCGUAACAGUCGCGCGUUUCCCGUCGCGGCGGCAGUUGCAGCUGUGGGUGCGGCAGCUGGAGCCGCAGUAGUGAACAGUAAGCCGUCGGCACCUGAAACCGAGGAAGCGGCAAAGAGCUCGGAUAACAAUGAUGUCAAGGCUCCUGAGACCAUGGAAGCGGCGCGUGGCUUGGAUAUUCAAGAUACCAAGGCCCCCGAAGAGACGCCCAAGGUGGCAGCCCCCGAGGCGGCUAUGGCUAAGGAUGUCAUCAUGGAGGAGGCCAAGGCUGAAAAGGAUGAAACCGUAGAAGCAAAGGCUGUUUCUGAACCAGUUGAGGAGGCGCAUCAGGAGACUAAGGCUUUGGACACCGACACGAUCCAGGUCAAGGCCGUUGACGAGUCCGAGGUUGAUGCGAUUGAACCCAAAGACCUUGAUGCAGCAGUCUCGAAAGAGCCUCUCGCUACUGAGCCCACGGAGGCCAAGACCAUUACUGAGCCCGAGGGUGAAUUGAUUGAGCCCAGAGACCUUGAUGUGACAGUCUCGAAAGAGCCUGUCGCUACUGAGUCCAUGGAAGCCAAGACCGUUAAUGAGUCCGAUGAAGAACUGCUUCAGCCCAGAGACCUUGAUGCGGAAAUUACCAAAGGGAAUUCCAUCGAUCGUCUGUCUGUUGAAUCUACCGUGGAAGACCACGCCUCCUCGACAACAUCCGCGCCGACUGACGCUUCAUCAAGGGCGGUCUCUGUCGGCACAGCCGGGACUUCGGUGCUUUCGGAGGAAGAGGAAGAGGAAGAGGAAGAGAUCCAGCCUGUGGAUGUCACGGCCGGGAAAGCCGACAAGAAGCCAGAGAAUGAUGCCCCUGAGCAGCCGCGGGAAACCGAGACAUCUGGGAAUGAAAAGAAGUCGUUUUUUGGCAGUUGGGGUUCAAAGAUGAAGUCACUCGUGGCGAGGGAACAACAGGCAAACAAGAGCGAAGCCGAGACUGGGAACGUCGAGGCGUCUCGUGACAUUGUCGUUCCCGCCGAGGCCGAGAUUGUCUCGAAAGACAUUACCCUUGGCGAGCAGAUGACUGCUGAACCAUCCCUCUCGACUGCCAACUUGGCCCAGGAGGAGGAAGAAGAAGAAGCCGUGCUUGUCAUCAAGAACUUAGAUGAGGAGGUGACGACCAUCAAAGCCGAGGGCCCAGAAACCUCUGCGGUAGAUGAGCCCCAAUUACCUGAAACCAACGUUUCUGUCCACGAAGUAUAUGAAGAGUCUGCCAAGCAAUCAGCCGAGGUUCAUGAAGACUUCGAGAUGACAGCCAAAAUAACUGAGGCUGAGUUGAUGCAGCCCGAAAUUACCACGCACUCAGCUGUUGAAUACUCGGAUUCUGCCACACUACCUGUCAAGACGGCUGAAGCUGAUGAAAUUCAGGACUUGGAGGAGGAACUAGUGAUACGCGACUUGGACGCUGAGCAGAAAGGGAGCGAACUGCCCAAAGAGCCCCACGGCAAUACUGUUGUACCCGAGCCGGAAGAAGCUGUUCCGGCACCGACUUCGGAUACACAUGCCUCCGAGGAGGGUCAAGAUAUCGAUACACAUGUCGCCGACAAGGGUCAAGAUACCGAUUUCGUUGAGCCUGGAACAGCGACAUCUGAAGUCAGCACUUCCCCGCAGGAUAACCAUGGCAAAGAGGAUGCCAAAAUCCAGACGAAAGACGUUGAUGGCAACAGUGAUGAACUUGAAAGCCCAGACCCAGACGCCAGCUCUACUAAAGUAGACGAACCUGCCACAGAGCCCGGUCUGGACGACGAUAAAACACCCGACAUGGCCCACGACGACCAUGGUAAAGGUGAUGAAGAGAUUACCAAACCCACGGCGUCGGAAGAGACACAUCAAUCGGCCGAAUCAGUCCCUAUACAUGCCGAUGAUUUGAAAGGCCCUAAAGCUGUCGCAUCCGAAGUCGUCCAAACCUCUGUCCAUCCCAACGAGGUUGAGCAGCCGGAAGUAAACGAACCCGAACCAACCACAGCAGCUCCCGCGUCCGUGCAAACCUCGAACGUCCCUGCAGAGGAUGUACACGGGCCAAACGGCGAUCACGAAGAGACAGCCCAGACUGCGCCGACGUCACAAGGGUUCCCCGCCCUGCAAGAUGCGACGAACCAUGCCAAUGAACUGCCCAGUGGCAUGGAAUUCGACGGCAAGAGAGGCGAUGAAAGCGAAUCCGAGGCGGAGAGUGCUACAAUGAUAACGUUGAAAGACAGCAGUGAUGUAUUAAAAGCUGAAGAUGGGGAUGUCUCUUCACACGGGGACAGCGACCUGGUUGAAGAAUCCAAAAACAUGAUCAUUUCGAGCCAGUCUCCGGUCGCAACGCCAGCUGAAGACAACAUUGUUGUUGACGACAAAAUGAAAGUGGAAGAGUUCAACUUGGAGUCAGCACUGGCUGUCAACGAAAGUGUCACCCUGAGCGAGACAAGCCUCUUGGAGGACGAAAAAUUGGCAAUCCAUGAUGUUGAGAGCAAUUCCACGAUUGAUAAAUCCGAGGACGCCGCCCAAGGAGACGAAGUAGUGGAUGAGGUCAAAGAUGACAAGACCGCCCCCGCUGAGAAGCCCACAGAAGUCGGCGCCGAAGCAUCAGCCCCGACCACACCAGCGACCAGCCGGGCUGGUGAAAGGCACAUCGAUAAUGAGGAGCAAUACUCAGCUGCUGCCAAUCUUCAAGCUGAACUUAGCGUCGCCGAAGAUAAGGAUGAAUCUGUCCCAGAUUUGGAUGCAGACACCACAUUAAACAGUGAGAACUCUGGCGAGGAAUCGAUGCUCCAGCAUAACCUGAGCGGUAACCAUGUUGCUCCCCUAGUCGACAAUGGCUCUGGACCGGACGAGUUUUCCAUCUCUGAAUUCCAGGAGCCUAUGCUGGAUGACUUCGUGCCCGUGUCCAAGAGUCUAGCAGAUGAUGCCACAGCCGACUCGGCCCGGGACCUCACCAAGAGUGAGGGGUCUGUUGACGGCCAGGCUCAGGCCCAGGCCCCGGCAUCAGAGAGUCAAACAUCACCCAAGCCCAACCAACCUCCAUCCCCGCCCACGUCUGCUGCCGAACCGAGCAGGGCGCGCCGCAUGUCCAACGGAGCCAUCCCCGGAACUAUGUCAAGUGGACCAGCUAACACGACACAAACCGUCGAGGUCCGCUCAAGGCCAGAAAGCGAGCGCUUCUCACCCUUCACCCCAAUCCCCGGCACCAUGUCGAGCGGCCUUGCCAACACCACCCAGACUGUUACCGUUUCCUCUCGCCCGAUCAGCUCCCAACUGUCACCGAGGACGCCUAUCCCCGGCACCAUGUCCACCGGCUCCAGCUCACCGAACUUCGGCCGUGUCCCGACGCCCAUGUCGACGACUCGCCCUGUCAUCCAGAUCCCGUCUAAACUCAACAACGCACCCCGUGGAGCAAUGCUGGACUACAUCGCCAACGACCCCACCCCCAUAGGUGGCCCUCGAACCUUUGUUUUGGGACCUACCCCCACCACGCCCAUCAUGGAGCGCAGGGGCCGUGCCAAACACUCGAGGGGACCUUCGACCGCCGCGGCGGAGCUCAUCACUCCCAUUGAGCAGCAGCCGCUAUCAGCGAUCGAGUCAGAGAAAGGUGGAGCCGUUGAGUACCGCUCGGAGGCCACAAGCAAAGAGACGCACAAGGAAACUUUUGAGGCUGCGCAGCCCAAGAUGCACAACACUGUCAGCCAAACUCCCGUCUCACCGGUGAAGCCUUCGGCUCUGGGAUCCAGCCUGGCCGACGAGCUGAGUCAGGCUUCGCUCGAUGGACAGGGAGACAUGCUUGGAACUGAUGACGAAUACACCCCGAUCGACAGGGAAGAGUAUCAUGACGACGCCGAGCCUGACUUUCGUGACGACGACGCCGACGACAGUCAGUCCGAGCAUGACUUUCGCGAUCAAGCCACACCGCAACAGCAGUCCUUUCGUUUCGAAGACCAGAUCCAUGAUCCCACGGCCGUCGACACCGGCGCUGCGGAGGUCAGUGAGCAACAGGUCAAUGACAAGCCCGAGGGUGAGAAGACUGAUUCGGCCGAAUCGAGCGGUGUCGGCGCCCACACAGGAUCAGUGGACGCCGUGUUGGGGGAGUCGGUUUCACGUUCUCAAACCCCGGUCGCCACCGUUCCAGUAGCCCAUAUUGUUGAGGAGGACCAGAAACCGGUCCAUGCGGACGAUGAGCUGGUCGCUAAGGACGAAGUUGCUGCUGAUUCGAUUGAUGCUGGGAAGUUAACACCAGCAUCGGAACCAGCAUCGGAACCGGCAUUGGAAAAGGAUCAGCCAGCCGUAUUUGCCGAAACUCAACCGUUAUAUGAUGGCAGUGAUUACGAGGCAUCUCCAUCCGCGCAUGAAGAGCAGGCCCAAGUCGAGGCCGCAGCUCCGACUCAAUCGCACCGUGAGAAGCUGUCUCUGGAGCCUGGACAUUAUGCCCCAGAGGACGUUUCAGAAGAUGAUUUCGCGACACCGAUGCAAUCCACUGCAACCGAAUCACUCUCCGCCAGUCCUGUCGAACAAACUCCCGCGGCAGCAGAAGGCAUGACCACGGUCGACGGGGCACAUGAUCUGUUCGAUGAUGAAACUGACGACGAGAGCCUUGCACACAGCUCCGUCGACAUGGCUCAAGCGCAAACCCAGGAUGCAAUGGCUGCCACUUCGGCACCCACUGAACAGACCGAAGAGUUCAAGGAUGUUCUCCCCAAGGAAAAGCAGGUGCCCGCCGUGCUUGCACCUGUACAAGACCCAGUCGAUGCCUUUGAGCAAAAGAUUCUGCAACACUCACCUGAAUACUUUCCUCAAAGCCCAGUAUUCUCUACGCCCGUUGAAUCCAGCAGUGUAGAGAAGUCAACUGUCGACGCCGAGACUGAAUCCCAGAAGACCCUCGAAGCUCCCACAAACCUGGACGUUGCCGCAGCUAGACAAGUGACACCGCUGCUUGUCCCUACCAACCUCGCAGACCACAUGCACGAUAUCAGCCCGCUUGCACUGAGGCAGGAGUCUCCGAUGACGCCGCGCAAAGGUCUGGCUGAUAGCCGCCAUGCACCCAAGGAAUUGGCUGAAACCCCGUUGCGGUAUUCGAUCGGGCGGACAACCCCACAGACGUCCUUCUUUGACAUGCAUAGGGAGCAGUUAUCCGGCCACGAGUCGCCGCACCAUGAGCCCAUGUCGUGGCUGCAAGGUUCCGAGGCCGAGCACCCUAAUUCUGCAUCCCACUCGCGAGAGAAUAGCACCAGCAGUGUUCAGCAACAAGAAGGGCACGAAGAGCACGAACAGCUACAGACCCCGGAGGAAGACGUAGAUCCCUCAAUGUACGCUCCCCGGGAUGUCACCAAUACGCCCUGGCAUUCGCGCAACGACUCGGUGCCAAUGUCUAUGCACAGCCAGACCACUUUAUCCUCAGCACCGUCGUCGCCCAUUCACUCUGCCCUGGCAAGGGACAACCGCGAACCUGUUAUCCGGGAGAGCUGGCCCGCCGUCCCAGGUCAGCACCAGGAUUAUCUGGCAGGAAUGGGAGCAGGCGCCAGUCUCGAUUACAGCAACAGGCCCAGGAACUACUCGCAGGCCACGAUUGACUAUGGCCGAUCUCGCAACGUCUCCGAGGUUUCCAACUUUGACCCGUUCGGCCCUAGUUCGCAAAAGUCGUCGGCCCGUGAGAGUUUCCAGAGCGCUAAAGUGGCCGCCCAGGAUAAACCGCUGCCGUCGGCACCUGCAGCCCAGCCCGCAGCAGCUGUUGGCAACCAUAGAAACUCUGUCGGCGCCGGUUCUUCCCCCGGCAGCAUCUUCCAGAGGAUGCGCAGCGUCUUUGAGAAGCCCGCCGCCGAGGCCGACAGCAGCACCGAGCCUGUGACGCGCAGUCGUCCCGUCAGCGGAGUUUUUGUCCCCGUGAAGGCGUCAUCGCGCCCAACGGGCAACCUUGACAGCGCCGGCACGAUCCGCGAGGCCAGCAACAGGAACAGCUUUGUGCUUGACGCGGCGCCCAAAAAGUCACCCGGCGUUACUUCUUAUGAUCUGAACAAGGGAUACUAUUACGACGAUCCGACGUACGGCCGGCAGCAUGCGUUGCCCAACCGGCCCCCGGCUGCAACAGAGCCACGGCGGCGUAGGCCGGCACACCUCUUGCUUCAUUCGCACGCGAGGACGCCCUCAAUCAAUCUGGCGGAACCUUCGCCCCCUUCACGUACCCCAUCACCCGCUCCGCGCUCUCCGCGCCGGACUCCCUCGCCGGGAUUUGCUACCCCUCCUCGAUCACCACUUCGGUCGCCGUCACCGAGCCUGGCACUACCUUUCAGCUCACCGCUACGCAUAUCAAUGCCACGGCCUGAAACGCCGCGCCGUGAGCAGGUUUAUAAUCAAGAUGAAGUUGCUCCUCCGAUUCCACCAAGGUCCCCUAUGCGAACGCCGUCACAGAGCCCUGUUUUCCCGCCAAACCGCACGCCACCGCCACGGUCUGAACUACUGUGCCGUGAGCUUGUUUGCGAUGAAGAUGAAGCUGCCCCUCCGAUUCGGCCACGGUCACCUUUGCGAAGGCCGUCCCUGAGCCCUGCCCUGCCGCCACGGUCGCCACUCCGCACGCCACCGCCACUUCCUGUGCUGCCGUCCCGUCCUGGGCUGCCGUGCCGUAAGCUAUUGUAUGAUGACGAUGAAAUGGCGCCUCCAAUCCCGCCCAGGUCACCUUUGCGAACACCAUCCGCAAGCCCCGUGAUCCCGCCACGGUCUCCGCUUCGGACCCCAUCUGCAAGCCCUCUACUGCCACCUUGUUCACCGCUACGCACGCGAUCGCCGCGUUUAGGGAUGCCUUGUCGUCAGCUGUUGUAUGAUUACGAUGAUGAUAACCAUGAUGAAAUGGCUCCUUUAAUUCCACCUCGGUCGCCAUUACGGACCCCGUCUGGAAGUCCCUCGAUUCCACCUAGGUCGCCACUGCGAUCGCCGUUCGGAAGCCCUUUACUACCGACCUGGUCACCAUCACACGCACAAUCGUCGGGUCUUGGGCCGCCAAGCCGUCAAUUGUUCUCUACUGACUACGACGACGACGACGACGACGACGACGAGAUGUUUGCUCCAAUUCCGCCGCUGUCUCCUCGGCGGACGCCAUCCGCAAGCUCCAUACGACCAGAACGGUCUCUCCGGCGGCUGUCCCCUGUCAUUGAGAUGCCCUCACGCGCCUUGUUCAUGGACGACUUUGGACCAGGCCCUGCCAUACCGCCAAAAUCCCCACGCAGGACCCCAUCGCCCAGUUUAUUCACGCCGCUGCCCUCGCCCGUGCCCUCACCCCUGCAAAUUCGUCGCUCGUCAAGCCUCGAGGUGCCGGCUGCUCUGUUCUCCGGGUCGCCGACGUCGCCCGUACUCCAGGGACCACCUAUAAUCCCACCAAGGAGUCCAAACCGAAGUCCCAUGGCUAGCUACGUCUCACUGCCGCUGCCGCUGUCACCACCACCGUCGCCGCCACCGGCACCCGUCACCAAGGUGACCAUCAUCAGUAUAAUCAGGGAAGAGGUGCCAAUUGACUCGGACCCGUCGACUGCCAGCUAUAGGACGAGACAGGUCCGCAGGCGGCACGAGUUGACGCGCAGCAUGGGCUUCAGGGACUCGCUGCGGACGACGACGACGACCACCACCACCACCACCACGCACUCCUAUACCCCUUCGGCGGCGGCUGGGAGCGACAGGGGUAACUUUUCGCAGAGGCACAGCACCGGCACGUCGUCCAACGCGACGUCGCCCGAGUGUUCUUCGCGGCGGGUGUCGAUGAACUCGGCGCAACAACCAGGCGACAAGACGGCCAAGACGUCGCCCAAGCGCGGCAGCGUGGCAAGGAUCGCGUGGCUGUGGGCCGAAGGGUGGCGGGCUAGGUUGCGUGGAGGUGGGGACGUGGUCGAGCGGGCGCGGUGGGAGUGGAAGCUCGAGGACGAAGGUAUGCGCUACCAGAGGGAGACGAGGGUGGCAGCUGCUCGUGAAGGAGUGAGGGAGUUGGGUGUUGUGGGGCGGGACGAUGAAAUUGUUGCGAGACGGGCAAGCAGGAAGAGUGUUCGUUGGGCGAAAGAUUGUUAG